AUGGCACCUCCUGUCGCUGUAUCGCCUCUUAUUAAGACGGCAAGAUACUCUGCUUUGAUCGCUGGUAUCUUUUAUGGCAAGAAGAGAUAUGAAAACCUAAAGCCCAUCGCUGCAGAGGAGAAGCGGAUAGCGGAGGAAGAGAAGAAGAUCCGCGAGGAGCAGGAGCGCAUUGCAAAGCAGCUUGCAGAAGCAAGUGAAGAUACCAUUUUGAAAUGA